UUGAUUUGAAAAAAUCAGUUGGCUAACGCAUGGACUGCAGUCGCAGGGGCAGCCAAUCCACAAUUGAGGUCGGUCUUUUCCACCGAAUGUAUCUGCAAUUCACGCGCACAAACAACCCGAUUCCGGCCUAAAACAGCGAGAGUCUCCGACCCACAGAUCCGACGGCGCGAGCUCCUUCUCUCCGGUGUGUUUUUGGGUGGUUCGACAUCUUCGGCUCUGACCCACACUCCAAACCGCUCCAAAUCUAAACACCCAUACCUUUUAGGGCUCAUGCGAAGACGAACCCAUUCGAACACGUUACAAGAACCAAACUGGACCCAAGUCUUCUUUAUAUGAAUUAGUGGUUUGGACGGAUCAAUUUGAGUCGGCGUUUGGUUAGAUCUAGUUGGUUAAAUGGAAGAAUCUGAAAAACGAAGGGAGAGACUGAGAGCAAUGCGAAUGGAAGCUGCUCAGGCCGAUGUGGCUAAUUAUGUCGAAACUUCUCUGCCCAGUCAUCUUUCUAAUCCAUUGGUUGAGUCCUCAGGCACCAUGAUAGGGCAAUUAGCUCCAUGUACAGCCCCAAGAUUUGACUAUUACACAAACCCUAUGGCAGCAUUUUCUACUAGCAAGAAGAGAGAGAAGAUUGAGAAUCAACCUGUGUCUGAUAAUUAUGUUCCUUACCACCAUAAUACUUCUUCAGCAACUUAUCUUCCACCAAAUGUUUCAGGAUUGAGAAACCCUGAAAUGUCUCCCUCUUCUACUCAUCAAUUCCAUCAAUAUUCACCUGAUCAGAGAACGUUCUAUGCACGAGGUGUUAGUGGUUCCGGUGGCCAUGGUAGCCCAGCAAUGCCUAGACCUUUUCCCAUGGAUCAAGGAGCUCAUAUGUGGCAUGGACCAAGAAGGCCACUUGUGAACCAGUUCCCUAGCCAUCCACCAAGGAUGAGUUCCCCCAGCCAUGUCUCUGGACAAAUAGGUAACUCUUACACCAAUCCAACUCAAGACAGGGUUAAUACCCAUAGUUCAAGCCCAAGUCCAGGGUAUCAAGGCAGUUUCAGUCCAGGUAGAGGCGGCCAUGGACAUCGUGGCAAUAUGACCCCUAGUCCAAGAUUUGGCUCUGGACGAGGUGCUGGUUCUCAUGGUCGUCAUUCUUUGUCAGAUAAAUCAUCUGGACCGGAACAAUUUUACAAUGCCUCCAUGCUUGAAGAUCCUUGGAAGGUUCUGCAGCCUGGUAUUUGGACGACGAUUCCUUCGUUGAACCCUUCAGAUUCUUGGAUUUCAAAGUUUGGUACAAAGAAAGCAAGAGUUUCAAAUUCUUCUUCUGGCAGGUCAAGCUGUCAACCUAGCCUUGCCGAGUACCUGGCUGCCUCCUUCAAAGAAGCAGUCGAGGAUGCACCAAAUGAGUGAAACUUAUCCUGACAUUUCAUCCUUAUUGUAAUACUCAAACUUGGCAUUCUCAAAAUCCCAGCCUAGUUUUCCUCUAUAGACUGGUUUAAUGUGGUAAAUCUAUAGUUAUUAUUAUGAAAAUUCUCUCUCCGUAUUCAGUUA